CCCUAUGACGCGCACACGACCGGGAUGACCGGUGCCCUCAGCUACCACCCGUAUGGCAGCGCGGCCUACCCGUAUCAACUCAAUGACCCGGCCUACCGCAAGAACGCCACGCGGGACGCCACGGCCACGCUCAAGGCUUGGCUGAACGAGCACCGCAAGAACCCCUACCCCACCAAGGGCGAGAAGAUCAUGCUGGCCAUCAUCACCAAGAUGACCCUCACGCAGGUCUCCACCUGGUUCGCCAACGCGCGCCGGCGCCUCAAGAAGGAGAACAAGAUGACGUGGGCCCCGCGGAACAAAAGCGAGGACGAGGAUGAGGAGGAGGGCGACGCGGCCCGCAGCAAGGAGGAGGGUGCAGACAAGGCGCAGGAGGGCACGGAGAUGUCCGCGGAGGACGAAGGGAUCAGCCUGCACGUCGACUCGCUCACAGAUCACUCCUGCUCGGCGGAGUCGGACGGGGAGAAGCUGCCUUGCCGCGCAGGCGACCCUCUGUGCGAAUCGGGCUCUGAGUGCAAGGACAAGUACGACGACCUGGAGGAGGAAGAGGAGGAAGAGGAGGAGGGCGAGAGGGACCUAGCGCCACCCAAGCCCGCGACCUCGUCACCGUUGACCGGGGUGGAAGCGCCGCUGCUGAGCCCCCACUCCGAGGCCGCGCCCCGCGCUGGCGGCAAGGCGCCCCUGGGCAGCCGGACGUCGCCAGGAGCGCCGCCGCCCGCCAGUAAACCAAAGCUGUGGUCGCUGGCGGAGAUCGCCACGUCGGACCUCAAACAGCCUAGCUUGGGCCCAAGCUGCGGGCCGCCUACGCUGCCCUCGGCCGUGGCGCCUGCCUCGUCCGGGGCUCCGCCAGGUGGCUCGCCCUACUCUGCCUCGCCGCUGCUCGGCCGCCACCUCUACUACACGUCGCCCUUCUAUGGCAACUACACAAACUACGGGAACUUGAACGCGGCGCUGCAAAGCCAGGGCCUCCUGCGCUACAACUCGGCGGCAACGGCCCCUGGCGAGGCGCUGCACGCCGCCCCCAAGGCGGGCAGCGACGCGGGCAAGGCGGGAACACACCCGCUGGAGGCCCACUACCGGCCCCAAGGCGGCGGCUACGAGCCCAAGAAAGAUGCCAGCGAGGGCUGCAUGGUUGACGGGGGUGGCCAGUCCUACCUAUAGAAGGCCCCUGCGCAGCAAUAAAAGUAAGUGGGCACCUGGUGACUUGCAGGCGCAGUUGCGUGGAAACUUGCUCUAUGUGUAUCUCCUGCUUUGGGCUCCUUAGGCUGGAGAACAGAGCUCUACCAUCUUCCUACUCUGGUUUUCCCGGAAGGGAAGGAGCAGAGAACCUCCAUUCUAAUCGUCCAGUGUCUCUCCAGUUUGUGCAGGUUCACGCUUUAAUUGAAAUAGAUGACCCGUAGUGCUGCUGUGUCCUCUUGGACAGAAAAGAAUGGAAAAGAAAAAUUAGAGAAAACAACCUGGACAUUUAUUGGCAAUUUAGAACUUUUAUUUUUCUUUCUGGUGAGCUACUGUUAGAAAAACUCUGGCUGUCAAGACCCCUAGUCAUGAAGGCUGCAGAGUCAGAUGGGGCCUUAGUCUUCAAAACUAGUUUUCAAAUGAUUAUUAUCAGGCUCAAUGCUGGGAGCCCAGACGGACUGUCUAGGACCCUGCCCCUAGGUGGCCUGGCUGAAAGCAGUGUCUCCCUAGGUAGGUUCCUUUGCAAGGAGACAGGAUGACAAAUCACAGAUUUUGAAGAUGGAAAGGAAGCCCCCUGAUCCUGUGGGUUGUUAUUUCUUUAAUGAUAGUCAUAAUGUGCUGUUGGUGGCGGUGCUUCCAAAAGGAAGGAUUUGGGAUGAUUUGUUUUGUUUUCCCUUGGUCCACAGGUAGGUGUCACAAUUGCUUUGAGAAAUAAAUAAAUAAGUUACACACACACACACACACACACACAAAUAAGCCAGCUUCCCAAGGUAAUAAGUAUAUACAGAUAGAAAAGCCAGAUCCAGAUUCCCAACCCCGGAUGAUUGCAUCUUGUGCCAGAGUCAAUGAGAAGACACCAAGAUUGCCACCAGGCCACUAGUUGACUAGAAUUGACUUUUCUUGGACGUAUGUGACUUUGUGGGCCUCGUCUAGCUUCUCCUAUGUAAGUGUGACUUUUGCAAACAAAUCGAUCCGCCCUCUUACCCCCACCCCGGCCCCACUUCCCCUCAGGAUAUAUUCAUCGCCACAGUAUAUAUUCGAUAGGUGUGAUAGGGUUGACUUGUACAAUUUCUUUGUAAAAGCUGUACACAAUAGAAAUAAUAAAAUGUGAUUGAAGAACUUGAGUACUUAAGAAGUGGAGACAAAUUUGAUAUUUAUUUUUAUAAUGAUAUAAAGCUUCUAGUAAUUUAUGCAAGUUGUAUUGCAAUGGAAUCUAAACUCUUUUUUUGUAAAUAAAUCCUGCCUGGUUUUUAUUUGAACACUGCUGGUUAUACAAUCUUUGUUGGUUGUUUAACAAGGAUUCUUUACUAAUUUAUAUCUUUGAUUGUAAAUAAAAACAGACUAGUCUACAACA